AAUGUUUAAUGACUGGCAUCUUUCUUACAGAUCAACCCACACUGGCUCUAACUCCUCCCACACCUCAUCAAAAUCUGCAUGACUCUCUCCUAGAAAGCUCUUAAAUUUGGGAGCGUGUUUGGCCAACUUGAACCUCGGCGGAGUUUCACAGGGCCAGAAGUUCCUCAUCCGCAGCACUCGUGUUGGUGGUUGGACAGUAAACGAGUGCCUUAACUGCCACCUCCUUACCCAUGCUUACCACAACACUAAUAGCUCCCUGGCUGUUAGCACCUUUAUGACUACUGAUGCCAAUAAGAUCCAGAUGCUGCAGAGAUGCGAAGGUUAUUCCCCUGUGUUUUGUAUGGUUCUCCCAACAUCCAUAGAUAACCGACCGCUGCCACCACUUUCUCCUACGGAUUUCUCGGACGAACGUAGCUCUCGCACAGAAGAGGCGUUGAGAUCCAUUCAACAACAGGUUGCUAAGUUCCUAAAAAAAGCAGAGGCGCAGGUAGAGGCUAACAUUCGGCAAUACACUGACCAACAGCAGGCGGCCCUCAAUGCCCUGCAGGCUCGCACACGCAGAGAUAGACAGACUAUUAUGAGACUCCUUGCUAAUGUUCAGACUACCCUAGAUUUGCAAGGAGAAGAGGACCCUGUAGCUUCCUUGGACUUAGAAGGAGCAAGAGGACCACUCAGUGAAAUGAGUUCCAUGGACAGGGAUAGGGAUGAGGAGCGCCUGUUUCCAGAAGAGGAGGACCUGGAAGAGGCUCAAGAGGAACCAGACACAGCUCUGCCGCCGUUGGUUAACAUUCAGAAUAGGAUUUCGCAGCCAAUGGGCAUGAGCCAAGCACAGGGAAUCACGGGAGCAAUGAAAUCCAUGCGCCUCUCGUCCUCUGUGUCAGUACCAAGAGUAAAACCUCAGGGAAAUGUGAGAGUUGCGCAGUCCUUAGAUGCAGAAGGACUUUUCGACAUGGAUGGCAUGAUGGAAGCAAGUGUUGUCUCCCCUCAAGCUACUUAUCACUCGGAUGAGGAAGAUACGGAUGAUUCUAACCAUGAUGAAGGGAUCCACAUCCCUGGUGGCCGUGUUCCUGUAAGAGAUCUAGCGCAGUCUGUCCCUGUUAAUGUUCCCAUGUGGCCCAGCGCUAGACCACAACUUAUGCAGAAAGAACCUCUCAAUAUUGAGAGACCCUCAGAUACGGACCAGAUGGCAGCGUCAAUCAAAGCCCUGGCUCGCAGUGUCCACAGCACUUCAGUAGAUUUAUUUGGGGAUCUUCCAAGGCCAAGGCAGCCAUUCUGAAAGCCAGAGAUCUCUCUCAUUUUUAAACAAGAAAGUGUUCAAGAUUAUAUAAAGAAUGUAAUAAAUUGCACUUUUUAUAAUAUAAUACUGCAUCACCGCAGAAGUGUCAAAUAGAGUACCUGCAAGUUUACAUUUGAAUUUUGAGUAUAUUUUCCUCUUAUACGACAACUGAUUUGCCAAAAGAGAAUAGCAUGCUUGAGAUAUUUUGAAAGGAGUAGCAUCCUUUGUGAUGAGUUAUUAAGAUUAUCUCACCUUGUGUGAAGAUAUACUUUCCUUUGCAUCUCUACUCGUUGCCUUUGGUAAUUAUGGAGGGAUAUUUAUAGAACAGGACUGUUUUCAUCUGUCAGGAAUGUAUCCAUAGGUCACUGAUGUAUUACAAAAAUGUGUAAAAAAAAAACAAAAAAAACAAUCAAUGGAUAAAGAAUCCAAAAUAUGGUCAAGCAAGUGUAAAACAAUCUUGAGACAGCACAUUAGCUUUAGUCUUGAAAACAUCAGUAUUAAAUCUGCAGACACAAAGAGUUCAUAAUAAAGAUUUUUUUUUUUUUUUCAAUUUUUUUUUCAGAGAUAUUCUGUAGUAAUUUGGGCAAAAAAUACAGUGUAUAUUUUUGGAGAUUGUAUUAAGUCAUAAGACCUGUAUUAUAUGAAAAAGAUAUGUGUACCGCUAAUAUGGUGCUUUUGAUGAAUUAUGCAUAUAUUUUUGUGUUAAAUUUCAGGAAACCCAUCCACAGUAUUUGAGUUCAUAGUUAUUUGACACUUGCUUAGGCCUUUUUUUUUUUUCUUCUUCUUUUUUCAUUGUUUGAUUUUUAAAAGAUAUGUUGUACAUGUGGAAUUGGUAUUGGUGUGACAUUUUUCCCUCUCAAGUUCUGUGCCGUAUAGCCUUUUGUCCUUUUAUUUAUUUUUUUGUUUUUGUUUAUCUUCCUCCCUUUCCCCCAUUUUUAAAAAUGUUUGUCUUAUUAGUCUAUUUUCAUCUAUGGUUUGCCUCCUCUUCGUCCAUCCCUCAGUCACUCGCUGAACUGAUAACUUAGUGAUUAGCAUUGAGUCCGAGUAUACAAGAAGCAUAAGUGGGAUUGCUCGUAGAUCCCAGGAUAACAACGUGGCUCUGUGAUUGAGACCUUUGAAAACCUCUUUUGAUGUGUGACUCAGGAUUACGAAAUAUACCGUAGCAAUGAUAUAUAUGACGUGUUUGUGUAAAUGAUAUUUAGUUUUAUAAAAAACAAAAAUGUAGAGGUAUUAUUUGCACAAGUAACAUGAAGUUAGUGAUGAAAUAAGUGCUUAGUUGAUGAAUAUUUUUGAUGUAAAAAGAAAAAAAAAAAAAGCGUAAGAUGUUAUUUUUCUUCAUAUUUUUUUCCGUUUUGGUGGGAAAUAUUUUGAAAGGGUCAUUUUUCUUAUUUCCUUCUUCUGCCACAUUGUAAUUUGUAAUUGCUCAAAUAUCUAUUACGAAAAGAAAAAAAGUACCUUGUAGGUUUCCUUACAAAAGAAGUUCAUUUGACCAUUAAUAAAUGAUUUACAAAAAUAAAAUAAAAUAUAUAAGCAAAGUUGUUGACUUGCAGUUUUCCCCAUUGAAAGCUGCACUUUAGGAUAGAUGCAAUAAGGCAUAAUGGAACCGUAGAGUAGAUUUGGUAAUUUUCAUUGUGGGUAUUUGGAUACCAGUUUGUACAAUGAAGGAUUGGAGUUUUACAUUUUCUGCCUGUUUUGCUUUUGUUGUCAUUUUCUCAGAAUAAAUUUGAUGAAGUGGCAGCUGUAACAAAAUAAGUUUGUUUGAAAUGUUGCUUAGAACUUCUAAGGUCAGUGUCACAUACUUGUUCAUUGCUUUCUGCAGCUCACAGGUUUUGUGCAUUUUCUCCCAAUUUAUUUUAUUUUGUAUUUUUUUUUUCUUUUUUUUUUCGUGUUCAUCUAGUCCCAUCUGUAUCCAUAACAGGAUGCUUACAGGUUCCAGCAAGAAUUUCAUAGUUAACUCUUCUGUAACUCAAAGUGGUUUCAGAGGUUGUGAGUCUGUACAAUGUAUGCUUUAGACAUUUCUUGUGUUUCUUGAGAACUGUCUUAAUUUUUAUUUUUAUUAUUAUUAUUAUUAUUAUUUCUUUGAGGGUGGGGACAGUUAAAGACAAGUCAGAAGCUUUGCUUUGUGGAACUUCUUUCCUGCCUCAUAUUUCUCUUUAGAAUGGUUGUAAUGAAGAAACGAAUCUAUUUUUCUUUUUUCUUUUUUUUUUGAGCCCGAGAGUAUCAUGACAUGAGGGAAGUUGUGUUCAGUGUUCAGAGCUGUUUGUGUAAUUUAUGUGCCACAGAUUUUGAAAUUUUGCUAUAUGUUAUAAGGCAACUUUUGAAAGUUUUUAUAUGUCUUUUUUUAUGCCUGCUUGGUGUGUGCUGUAAGCUGUUCAAAUAUAUUGAGCUGUAGUAUCAAGCUGGGUGAUGACAAGAUGAGCAUUUUAUGAUGGUUAUGAACGAAUAUCCUUGUAAUGCAAUAAAUGCGUAUUGUAUUCAUGAGCAGAGAGAAUGUGUAAGAUAUGUUCUAGGUUUGUUUAUAUUACUUUUUCUUGGUAUUUGCACUUCAUUUUUGCUUUAGUGCAGAGGAUAUGAACUGUAUUUGUAUACAUGUUUCUCUACUUAGGAGACAAUAUAUAGCAGACCUAUAUACAUUUAUAAGUUUACACACACAAAAAGAUAGAUCCUAACUACAUUUGUGCCUUGUAGCAGGAGUUGCUCUGAACAGAAUCUUUGCAUGGGAAAGAGAAUAGUAAUGAUUUUUUAAUGAGAAUCCUUGCACUGAUUUCACUGCAACAUACAUUUAGUGUUUUUUUUUUUUUUUUUUUUUUCUAACAUAGUCCAUAUGCAUUGUCUUCCAAUUUGAUCUGCCAGUGAAUAAUUUAGGAUCAUUGCAUUUCUUUUUACAUUGUAGAAUUCUAGAUUUGAAGCAGUAUGAAUGGCAGUAUUAGUGAAGCUUUGGUUUAAUGGUUUAAAGACCAGCCUGUGUUUAAGAAGUGUUUGAAGCAGUUGUGUGCUUUUUUUUCAACCAGCUAUAAAAUAUGCUCAAAAGAGAUAAAAGUGUACAAAAGUUACAAAAGUUAUUACCAACAGUGUGUAGCACAAGGAAUUGGAAUAUCAAAAUAUGUACACAGAUAUUUUAUAAUGUUUCAAUAAUAAAUAAUAUUGAUAUCUUUUACAAAUAAAAGUAAAAUGGCAGAUGCUGAUAUGAUAAGUUAUUUGUUGUCUUUUGAAGACAUUGCAUUACCGUUACCUCUCCAUUGGUAUUUUGAUCUUAAUGCUCUUUAAUUACUCUGUGAUGGUUAUGAAAUAAAGAUGGUAAAUUUAA